GCCAACAAUACAAUCGUUUCGAUGGGCACGAUGAUGGAAACGGAGUCGGUUAAGUCGGAACCGGGCAGCAAAAGCAGACGAUCGCGCACAUCCCAAAAUCACCAGCAACAGCAGCAACAGCACAGCACACUCGGUUCCCACCGGACGCGUCAUUCGCAUCGAAACAGCAGCAACAAUCAUUCCCGCAGCGGUAACAACAAGCGUCCCGAUAUGGCACCGUUUCAGACGAGCGUCAACCUCGGUGACGAUGGCCGUGAUGGGCAGGAGAUCAUCGAGGUGUCGAUCCUGCCACAGGACGAAACGUGGGGCGACAACACAACCGCCAUCACGGGCAACACCUCCGAGCAGAGCAUCUCGAUGGAGGACGUCAGCUACUUCCAGAUGGCGGAUGAUCGUGGUGUUGGGUUCGCUUGCCAGCGGUACCUGGAGCGCGGGUUGGCCGUGUUGCUCUGUGCGGUCGCAUUCGUCGGUCCGCUGGCCAUGGUCGUUCUACCGCGGCUUGGCUUUUUCCCAUCCGCCUUCGAAAGUUUAGACCUCACCCAGAACGAACGUUUGCGACUGCUGGCCUGCAAUGCGGAGUGCAAAGGUAUGCUGGUAUCGCUGGCCGCGCGGCUGCUGCUGCUGGCGAUCGGGCUGUGGGCGCUGUUUCUUCGCCAGCCGGCCGCCAUCAUGCCGCGCAUCUUUCUGUUCCGUUCGUGCGCGUUGCUGCUCGUGCUGAUCUCAUCCUUCGCGUACUGGCUGUUCUACAUCGUGCAGGUGACGGAGGGUGCCCGCGCGAUCGUGUCCGGUUCGUCGGUGGUCGACUACAAAACGUUGGUCGCGUACGCUACCAGCUACUGCGACACGCUACUGUUCGUGCACUAUGUGGCGGUUGUGCUGCUGGAGAUACGCCACCUUCAGCCGCUGUACCAUGUGAAGGUGAUCCGCAGCCCGGACGGGGAAUCGCACAGUUACAGCGUCGGGCAGCUCAGCAUUCAACGUGCCGCCGUAUGGGUGCUGCAGCGGUACUACACCGAGUUCAGCAUCUACAACCCGUACCUCGAGCGGUUGCCGGUGUCGAAGGCCCAGCGAAAGGCGGCCGCCGUAUCGUCGUUCAAGUACUACGACGUGGACGGUGCAACACCGGCCCAGCAGCAGAGCCAAUCGCGUGCCGUGCUGGCGGCCCAUGCACGGCGCCGCGAUUCCUCCCACAACGAGCGCUUCUACGAGGAGCACGAGUACGAGCGGCGGGUGAAAAAGCGCCGUGCGCGGCUUGUAACAGCGGCCGAGGAAGCGUUCACGCACAUCAAGCGCAUGCAGCAACCGUCCGGUUCGCAGCAGCACGAGCAGCAGCAGGGCGACGGGGGAACCGCACCACCUGCCAUACCGCUCGAUCCGCAGGAAGCGGCCCAAGCAAUCUUUCCUUCGAUGGCGCGGGCACUGCAGAAGUAUCUGCGCGUCACCCGGCAACAGCCGCGCCACACGGUCGAAUCGAUCCUGAAGCAUCUGGCGCACUGUCUCAAGCACGAUAUGUCACCGCGUGCCUUCCUCGAGCCGUACCUCGUCGAGGCGCCGGUACUGCAGAACGAUAAGGAGCGCCGCACGAACCACAACUGGUCGCUGAUCUGUGACGAGCUGCUGUCCCGGCCGCUCUCCGACGGCUGCACCUUCCAGCUGAUCCAGAACGACGUGUCGCUGACGGUGUCGAUCCACCGGAUACCGCACUUCACCGUCAGCGAGGAGGUGGUCGAUCCAAAGUCGAACAAGUUCGUGCUGAAGCUCAACUCGGAGACGAGCGUGUGACCGGUGGCGGCGAUGCGUGGGGUGCGAAAUCGGACCGGGAAGCCACCGAACGCUGGUGAGCAACGGCGGGCAGAAAUAUUGCAUCAACUGAACCAUCUACUCAUUACCGUCAAAACUGUGUGAAGCAAUACGCAGGUGUAUCUUCACGAUCCGCACACUGCACGAACGAACCGGCGCACCCAAACGGCUUUUGGGAUGGACGUUUCUACCUCAUUCGGUGGUUUGAUCGAAUGACAACCGGAACGGAUCGAAUUUGUAGCCCGUACCCCCUCACGUCUUUCAAACGAACGCGAAUCAUGAAUCGUGACCGGCGUAAAGGAAGAAGCUCGAAUCGAAUCAUCCGGUACGAAACUGCGUUUUGUACGAUCCAAUCGGGUGUGGAAAAUUGCAUUCGCGCAUCCCUUCUUCCAUCAAUCAACGCGAUGCGGAAUGUGUAAUUCUGUGGGAUAUUAUACAAAAAGAAUCUUGGGAAUUUGCUUCCUUGGGUGGUGCACCGAUUGUGUCUUGUGUACACGCGUUUAAACAACUAUGCAAUUGUUUCCUUUGUAACACUAGAACUUCCAAUUAUGGGUGGUAAUAUUAUAAACAAUAAUAUUUGUUGAAGUUCCCGGUAUAGAAUAGAUUUGUAAAAGCGCCCGAACAGCGCCCUCUUCCGUAUAAUACAGGUACCUACCGCCAAUCUUAAGAUUGCUAGUGAGAGGUCCGGUAGUUACGCUUACCAGACAAAACAACGAUUCUAUUCCGGAACUCUAGUACCACGCGUGAACCUCUCCCCUAAAUUAGUGAUGCAAAUCAUGCUUCUCGCUAGAAGCACCAAUGUUGUUGUUCAUCGUCCAAAAGCAGAUUAAUAUGUAACGCGCGUUGAAGAUACAUUCCCUGUUUUGUCAUUUUGGACAACGUUCUCGU